AUGGAGGACUCACAGAGACCGGACCGAGAGAGGUCGGUGCUCAUUCUCUAUGGCUCUGAGACAGGCAAUGCGCAAGAAGUUGCGGAGGAAUUGGGAGCAGUGACCGAGCGAUUGCGCUUCGUGACGCAUGUGUCCGAAAUGAAUCAGGUGAAGCCGGAAACAUUGUCUUCAUAUACCCUUACAAUUUUUGUUGUUUCGACCACCGGUCAAGGCGAUUUGCCGGCGAAUGCGAGGACGUUUUGGAAGUCAUUGCUGCUUAAGAAACUUUCACCUACGUUUCUCAAUGGUGUGAACUUUGCGUCUUUUGGUCUGGGCGAUAGUUCGUAUCCAAAGUUCAAUUGGGCUGUACGAAAGCUCUAUAAGCGCCUGUUACAGUUGGGCGCAAAUGAUAUCUAUCCUACGGGCGAGGCAGAUCAACAACAUCCCGAAGGUCUUGAAGGCACCUUUCUUCCAUGGGUAGCCGAUUUCCGCAAGAAUUUACUAGAUCGACACCCUCUACCUCCUGGACAGCAUCCAAUCCCAGAUAACGUUCAGCUACCGCCGAAAUGGAUCUUGCAACUGAAGGAAGUGAACACCUCUGGCUCAUCCCCGCAGUCUCUAUCUGCAGACGCUAUUACCCAAACUGAUGAAUACCCUGGUUUAACAAAUCUUAAUUAUGAUAUUCGCCCACUCCCAGAUACUCUCACCGCAACUCUAGAUGAGAAUCGACGUGUCACUCCACAAAAUCAUUGGCAAGAUGUUCGUCGCAUCUCGCUUACAGUUCCGGAAUCAGUCUCAUAUGCACCGGGCGAUAUGAUCGCUAUCACGCCCAAAACGUCACCAACCGAUGUACAAACCCUUCUCGACCUGACAGGCUGGAAAGAUGUUGCCGAUAAACCAAUUGCUCUUGUUCCCGCCGAGGAUACAUCAUCGCCAUCACCGAUUCCCGGUCUUGACUCAUAUCCUAAUCUGACCCUUCGCGCACUUCUCACAGACUACUUGGAUCUUAAAGCAAUUCCCCGCAGGUCCUUCUUUUCCACCAUUGCACACUACACGAAUGACGAAUUGCAAAAAGAACGUCUCUUAGAAUUCACGAACCCAGAAUAUCUCGAUGAACUAUGGGAUUACACCUCGCGACCCCGAAGAAGCAUUCUCGAAGUCCUGCAUGAAUUCGACACGGUAAAAAUUCCUUGGCAGCACGUAGUUUCCGUACUUCCGGUCAUGCGUGCACGCCAAUUUAGCAUCGCUAGUGGUGGCGCACGAAAGCGAACAGCAGAUGGAAAGACGCAAUUCGAGCUUCUCAUCGCUAUCGUCAAGUACCAAACCAUUAUCAAGCGGAUCCGCGAAGGUGUUUGCACCCGAUACCUGUCCACACUCCGACCAGGUAGCACACUCCGAGUACAACUGCAACCUGGUGGACUCAAGUCCUCAAUCCAGCAAUUGACCGGAUCUACCGUUCUUAUCGGACCGGGUACAGGCAUUGCGCCUCUCCGGUCUAUGCUUUGGGAGAAAGCGGCAUUGGUCCAGGCCUACCGCGAGCAAAACCCUGGCGUUGAGCCUCCCAUCGGACCCACGAUUCUCCUCUAUGGCGGUCGUAAUCGAACUUCGGAUUUCUUCUUCUCGGAAGAAUGGGACCAACUAAGUCAGCUUAUUCCGUUGCAGGUUCUUACUGCCUUCUCGCGUGACCAGCAACAGAAGAUCUAUGUGCAGGAUACAAUCCGUCAAAACUUUCCUCUGUUCUUCCGGCUUUUGCAUGAACUUCAGGGGUCGGUUUAUAUAUGUGGCUCUUCCGGACGUAUGCCUCAAGCCGUGCGGGAGGCAUUGAUUGAGGCUUUCCAGAAUGGAGGUGCGCCUGUGUUGGGGAGACCAUACACACGGUCGCAAGCGGAAGAGUACCUGAUUGCCAUGGAAAAGAGUGGACGAUACAAACAGGAGACAUGGUGA